AUGUACACUAGCCCGCUCCGCGUUGAAUGUACCAGUAGCGAUGAUUAUUCCAACCCGCUGAGGGAGCGAUGUACGCUAGCCCGCUCUCUUUGGUUGUACCUCAUUAGUCUAUCUAGCCACGUAGCUCCAAUUUUUGACUAUUUCGGUAUGUCGAAACGCUCCACGCCCAACAAGCGCCCUUCCAACCAGAGUCACAUCUCACUUUCUCGCGUCUCCACUUCGCAUCAUCGAAGGAUCGACGAGAUGACGCACGAAGUCAACAUCGACGCGCUCGUCCGCGCUCGAGACGCAUUCGACGCGCGCGGAUACGUCGUCGUUGAAGAUUUACUUUCGAGCGAUUUCAUCUCUGAGUGUCGAGAAGAGUUUCAAGCCAUCGCGCGGGAGACGAUAGGUGACGAAGCGUCGGAGACGGAGAGCUUCUGGGGGCGGUUGGAGGCGCUCGGGUGCGUGGUGCAGGUGAACGAGUCGACGACGUCGGACGCGUUCGACGCCGACGUGAAUCAUCGCGCGAACGGGUCGCGUGCGGCGUGCCGAGACGUAGUUUCUAGAGCAUUGACGCGAGUCGGUGCGAUCGGGACGUACGCGACGGCGUUGUUGCGGACAGAGGAUGCGCGGUUAUUUAACGACCAAUACGUCGUGAAGCCGCCAGCGAGAGGAUGCGCGUCGCUUCAGAUGUCGUGCUUUGCGUGGCACUACGAUAGCCAGUGGUGUCACGAUGACGUUGAUUGGACGUGUGCGCCGUAUGUGAGCUGUUGGGUAGCUUUGGACGACGUAAGCGAGGAGAAUGGGGCGUUACGCAUGCUGCCGUACCCUCCCGCACAGGCGGGCGCUUCGCAUCGCGAGAGAGCGAACUCUUAUCCCGAUCGUGAUACGCUGCCAUCGCCUUUGGACGAAGACGGGUGUGAGAUCGGGCGGUUGCUGACGAUGCGAGCCGGGUCUGUGGUGUUCUUUAGUGACGUCGUCUUGCAUUGCAGUGGACCGAACUUGAGUGGUUCGAUUCGCCGAGCGUGGAUGCCACAGAUCUCGGCUGGACCCGUGGUACGACGAGAUGACUCACCGGUGAGUUUGACGGCAAAGUUGGCGAGUUUGUAG